AUGCCUCGCGCAGAAGCUGGGACGACCAAGGCCAUCAGCAAGCAACUCAAGGCUAAAGGUCUUGGUCGGCUACGAUGGUACUGUCAGGCAUGCCAGAAACAGAUGCGCGAUGAAAACGGCUUCAAAUGUCAUGUGCAAAGUGAAAGCCACGUGCGGCAGAUGCUGCUGAUCGGCGAGGAUCCAAAAAAACACAUCGAAGAGUAUAGCAGACAGUUCCUGCGCGACUUCAUCAACCUGCUCAAGACGACCCAUGGCGAAAAGAAGGUCCACGCCAACCAGUUCUAUCAGCAGGUCAUCCAGGAUAGACACCACAUACAUAUGAACUCCACGAAAUGGACGAGUCUGACGCAGUUUGUGCUCUACCUUGGCCGUGAAGGAAUCUGUCGCGUGGAGGAGACGGAGAAAGGCUUGUUUAUCUCGUAUAUCGACAAUAGCCCCGAGGCGUUGCGACGACGGGAGGCCCUGGCCAAAAAGGAACGCCAAGACAAGGGCGACGAGGAGCGCGAGCAGAAACAGAUUCAGGAGCAGGUGGAACGCGCCAAGAGCAAGCUCGAGGCCAAUGAGGAACAGGCUCCGGAGGCGAAGCUGCUUCAGCGGAAGGAGGGAGAAAAGGUGAAACUAAACUUUGGCCUUUCGAGACAGAGCGCGGAAGAGAAGAAAUCAGAAUCACAAUCACCUGGAGCGGAGACUCCCAAGGAGGGUGAAGGAGCCCCCGGUGCGGAUGCCUCCGCAGCACCGUCUUCUCAGUCGGCUCAGAAGCCAGGAGUGAAAGUAUCGAUGUCGCUCGGCGAGAAGAAGCCAAAGAACGUGUUUGCCGCAAUGAGGAACAACCCAUUGGCGGCGAAGAAGACCGUCGUCGCCGAACAACCUAAGAAGAUGACGGAGCAGGAACGGAUCAUGAAGGCAGAGUUGGAAGCCAUGGAGCGGAAACGCCAGCACUCGCAGUCGGGAGGACCAUUCCACGGCGCAAAGCGGCAGAAGGUUUCAUGA